UGUUGUUACAUAUUUAGACACAUAUUUCUUAAACUAUUUAUAAAUGAAGCUCUAUAAACCCAGCUGGGUCAAUCAUGAUGACAAGCCAAUAUUUUCGGUGGACAUCCAUCCCACUGGAAAACGCUUUGCUACUGGAGGGCAAGGUGAAGACUCAGGAAGAGUUGUGGUUUGGAACUUUAAUUCUGUAUUAUUUGAAGAAGUCGAAUGGGAUUCAAAUGUUCCAAAAAUGCUAUGUCAAAUGGAUAACCAUUUAGCAUGUGUUAAUUGCGUGCGAUGGAGUAAUGGUGGUCGAUACCUGGCAUCUGGUGGAGAUGACAGUUUAGUAAUGGUAUGGGGGCUCAGCGUAGCCGUAGGGGCUACCGGUAAACACAAAGCUGAAACUUGGAGAUGCUUGACAACACUAAGAGGACAUGCAGGUGAUGUUCUGGAUCUAGCAUGGUCACCAUUAGACAAGUGGUUAGCAAGCUGCAGUGUUGACAAUACAAUAAUUAUUUGGAAUGCUGAAAAAUUCCCAGAAAUGGUGUGCGUAUUGAAUGGCCACACAGGCUUAGUGAAAGGUGUUGCUUGGGAUCCUGUUGGAAAGUAUUUAGCAUCUCAAUCCGAUGAUAAAUCUCUGAGAGUCUGGAAGACAGCUGAUUGGGCAUCACAGGCUGUAAUCACGGAAUCAUUUGAAGAGUGUGGAGGCACGACGCACGUGCUGCGGCUGUCGUGGUCGCCGGACGGGCAGUACGUGCUGUCGGCGCACGCCAUGAACGGCGGCGGGCCCACGGCGCAGGUGGUGGAGCGCGACAGCUGGCGGUGCGACAAGGACUUCGUGGGCCACAAGAAGGCCGUCACGUGUGCGCGCUUCAACAGUAACAUCUUCGUGAAGGAGGGCAAGAAGUGCUGCUGCGCGGCGGUGGGGUCGCGCGACCGCUCGCUGUCCAUCUGGCUCACGUCGCUCAAGCGCCCCCUGGUGGUGGUGCACGAGCUGUUCAGCGACAGCGUGCUCGACCUCUCCUGGAGCUCAGACGGGCUGAAGCUGUUGGCUUGCAGCACAGACGGCACCGUCGCCUGCAUUCAGUUCACGAAGUCGGAGAUCGGCACGCCGCUCACGCUCGAGGAGAAGAACGCCUUCUACGAGAAGAUAUAUGGGAAGUGUUUCGUGAACGAGCCCGGCGGCGAUCUCACGUCCAACUUGCUGGUGGAGUGCCCCGAGAUAUUGCUAGCUCGGGAGAAGCAGGAGUCCAAGAAGGAACCGCCAAAAGAGGAGACGAUACCGAAGAGCGAUAAAUCACAGCCCUACCCCCCCGCGCCGCUGCCCCCCCGGCCCGUGGACCGGCAGAUCGAGACGCGCACGUCGGACGGCAAGCGCCGCAUCACGCCCGUCUACAUCCCGCUCACCAGCGUCGACGCCAACGAGUCUUUGGGGUCGCAGCCCGCCACCGAGAACUGCUUCAGUACAUCCUCGCAGGGGAAGUCCCGCAUCAAGGUGGAGCGACGAGACGACAUCGUCAUACACCCCAACGUCAGCAACCACGCCACCGCCACCGUCCGGAACGACACCGGGCUGGAGCAGCGGUUGCGCAAGCGCACGGCGGCGUGCCUGCCGGGCCCCCGCGUAGACGAACUGCACGCCAAGCGCAGCUGCGCCUCGCCGCCCGCGGGGGCCUCAGGCUCCCCCUUAAAGACCGCCGGCCCCGUUGCACCCGCGCUGCCGGCGCCAGCGCUCGGAACCGCCGGACCGGUAGUGCGAACCGCGGGCGUCUUGAGAUUGCAGGUCGUGAACAAAGCGUGCAACACGCAGUACGGGACAUUAUCGAGACUCGAACUCAUACCGAACAACUGCGCCUCCAACGACCCCAUCUGGGAAACCUAUUUAGGGUCCCCGGUGACGUGCAUCGCGUGCGACGCGCGCUGGGCGUGCGUGUCGUGCGCGGACGGCGCCCUGCACGUGUGGAGGCUCGCCCGCGCACCCGCACGCGCGCUGCCGCACCUCGCGCUUCCGUCUCAAGCGGCCAAAAUGACUCUGUCCGGGGACACGCUGGCGGUGGUGACCACGUCCGCGGAGCUCGCCAUAUGGGACUUGUCCGCUGCCACGUGCCUCGUACGACCGCUUUGCUUUAGGAAUCUACUCUCGCAUGGUGUCACAGUAACUAAUUGUUCUCUACUUGAGGACGGCAACCCAAUGAUCUCACUCAGCAAUGGAAAAAGUUACAUCUAUUGCAAAAAGUUAUGCGCAUGGGUGGUGUGGGCGGACGCGGGCGACCCGGUGCGGCGCGCGGGGGGCGGCGCGGGGCCGCGCGCGCCCAGCCGCGCCCGCGCGCCCGCGCACGUGCCCGCACUGCGCACGCACCCCCGCUCGAAGGCGCUGUCGGGCGCGGCUCGCAGCUGGCUGGAGGCGCAGGUGGCGGCCUGCCUGCACCUGCGUCUGCCCACCGACUACCGACAUUGGUUCGUGGCGCUAUUCGACCACCUCGUCCACCAUGGAACAGAAGAGCAGUUAAGAAACAUAUUGGAUGACUUGCUCGGGCCGAGUCACUGCACGUCUACUCCUAAGAAAUGGCAGAAUACGAUACUGGGCCUAAAGAAGCACGAUAUCCUAGAGGAGCUGCUGGCGCUUCUGGUGCGGCAGCUGCAGUGGCAGCGCCUGUACGCCGAGUACGCCGACCAGCUCGCCCGCCUGGCCGGCGCCGUGCUCAACGGGCACUAGCGACCGCGCUUGGUGCGCGCUCUGUGCGCGCUCUGUGCGCGCUCUGUGUGCGCUCUGUGCGCGCUCUGUGUGCGCUCUGUGUGCGCUCGGGGGGGGGAGGCGUGGUGGAAAUAUAUACACGGACGUUGGACGAAGAUAUUCUGAAAAUAUUGUACUUGAUAUAUAUUUUUUUCUCGGUUUAUUAAAAACAUAUCGAGUCGUACAGCUAUAUGCUAAGCAGUAUGUGGCUAAGACACUCGAAGCUAACAUGUAAAGUUUAAGAAUCGCAGACAUGUUAUUGUGUUAUAACAACGGCAUUACUUUAAAUAGAAUUAAGUGAAUAUUUUUUUGGAAUGUGUUUAAGUAUAAUGUAUGGAGAACAUUUAUUCGCGUAGGUGCCAUUUGAACAAGAACUCUUCAAUUUCCAUUUAAUGACAAUUUGAUUUUUUCUAUAAGUGAGCCGAUGCUCCAAUUAUAAUGCUUCUUGGAUAUAAAGACAAUGCCAGAAACUUGAACUCAACUUGAAAAGUUGAGUGAGUGUAAAGCUUUGAGAGAAUUUAAUGGUGGUAGGGCGUCGUACAAGCCCAUAUGGGUAGGUACCACCCACUCAUCGGGUAUUCCACUGCCAGACAGCAAUACAUAGUAUUGUCGUGGUCCAUGUAACUACAGGUAAAAUGAACAUACCAUUUUAAUGUCAAGAUUGGUUGUGCAUUGGUGAUGUAAUGAAUGGUAAUAUGCCAGCGCCAAUGUAAUUACAGCGUGAGUUAGUCAGUGUAAUUACAGACAUAACGGACAUGACAUCUUAGGUCCCAAGGUUGGUGGCGCAUUGGCGAUGUAAGCGAUGGUUAACAUUUCUUACAAUGCGAAAGUCUAUGGGCGUUGGUGACCACUUACAAUAUACGCGUCCGAAUACCUAUACUAUAAAAAAAACGAAAGUGAGUUUGUUUGUUUACGUUUUAACUAUUCAACCGGUCGUCAUGAAAUUUCGUCAUGAAAAUCAGGGUGCGAAAAAGAGCAUAACGUAUCAAAUUAAGAACUAGACCCUUCUGACCCUUUAACAGUUAAUAUUAAAGUUAUUAGUUACUUUCAUCGCCGGCGAUGAAAGUAACUUCAAUAUUAAGUAUAAGUUGCGUUAAGUUAUUUCUUUUAUUUUAAUAUUCCAUGAUAUAUAAUAUAAGUUCCAUGAUAUGUAAUAUAAGAAAGUCGAGAUGGCCUAGUGGUUAGAACGCGUGAAUCUUAACCGAUGAUCGUGGGUUCAAACCCGGGCAAGCACCACUGAAUUUUCAUGUGCUUAAUUUGUGUUUAUAAUUCAUCUCGUGCUUGACGGUGAAGGAAAACAUCGUGAGGAAACCUGCAUGUGUCUAAUUUCAUUGAAAUUCUGUCACAUGUGUAUUCUACCA